AUGGCAUGCCUCACGGCUGCGACUGGCCGGCGCCUCGGCGCGUCAGCUCGGCUCGGCGUAGCGAUCGUGGCCAGCGCAACUCGCCUGGACUCAACGCUCAGCCAGGAGCUCCCGCACGCGCUGGCGCGAGUCAUGGCGCAUGCAACGCGCAGCAAUGCUCGCCUCGCCUCGCGCAAAUGCGACCGUAAAACCACGCUCUACUCUGUUGAUGACAAGACUUGUCUACUCGCUGGAGCCGAGCAGGAGGGCCCGGCGCACAACCAGGCAAAGAAAGGCAUCGUGCGGUCGAUGCGCGGAGCCGUCGCGGCCCGCGGCCCCUCCGGCGUCGCUGUCGGCGGGCGCAACAAACGUCUCGCCAGAGACUGGGCAGUCCUCGCGCCGAUCGCGAGGGUCUGA